CAACGUCAGCGGUCAUGUGUUUCUGUUGACGCUCACCCUAUUCGUUGCCCUGACUAACGAGGUGCACAAAUGGUCGCAUAUGGCGAAGCCCCCCGCCGUGGCACGGUUUAUGAUGUCGUGUCACCUCAUUUUAACCCCGCGCGGGCACCGCAAGCAUCACAUUGGGAAUCAUGACCAGAGCUACUGCAUCACCACCGGGUGGAUGAACGGGGUUCUUGACCACGUGAACUUUUGGCGCGUGGCUGAGACCGUCGUCACGGCCCUCACCGGGGAGAUUCCGCGCGCCAACGACAAGUACCUGCUGGGCAAGUAG